CGGGACUGCAGGAGCUUGUAAGCAUUGUAACUAGCGACUCGUUCUGCUUCAAAAUGUCAUCUUGAAAAUUACUUCCUUUUCAGCAUACAACCCAUGUUCACAUCAAGUCAAGCACAGCCAAAGCGAUGAUCUAGCUUCACCCAUCUGCGUCCUCCCUGUUCUCAUAUGAAGUGCUUUAAAUUCAGUAGAAUUCCAUAUUCACUAAUAACGGACAGACGCAACCAAUUCAAAACCACAUAAACCAAAACACCACGGGUUCUCGUUACACUAUUCUAUCCUUCGCUGCUUCUAACAUCUUUGUUCGUGCAUGGAAGAACGACCGCAUAUCGAACCCGAAAAACGGCUCGACGGGCUGCCACAGUCAUGUUUGAGGCUCUCAGCUUUCCGUACCACCCGGCGCAGGAUGGCUUCUGGGGUGAGAAGACUUCUACCCUGAACUUCUGCGAGGAGGAUUAUGUAAUGAGCUACUACUGUGCCGAAGUCUGCAAUACACUCACCAAUUUUCUCUUCGUCUGGCUAGGCACCAGAGGUAUCCGAGGGUGUACCAAGAACUCCCAUCCUGCUAUAUUCGUCGUUGCCUUCAUUGGGUAUAUGGUAGUCGGUAUAGGCUCGACGCUCUUCCAUGCCUCCCUGAAGUAUCCUAUGCAACUGGUUGACGAGCUUUCCAUGAUCUAUACGACCUGUUUUAUGUGCUAUGCGACUUUUGCAUACCGCAGAUCCACUGGUUUCUCUGCAUUGCUCGGCAUCGGACUUAUCGGCCUUGCUUGGUUCAUCACAGCAUGGUAUCAUAAGACGAAGGACCCCAAGUUUCACCAGGACGCUUACACCGUGUUGACUGUUACCGUCGUUUUUUCCAAUAUGUGGAUAAUGGAGCGACGGGUACGACCAGCUCUAAAGGCUCGCCAAGAGAAAAGACCUGCCGCCUCUUCAGUUCCACCAACCGAUGUCAUUAUGAAGCAGAUGUGGCACAUGGUGGCGACAGGCCUUAGUAUCUUUCUAGGAGGCUACUUGAUCUGGGCGCUAGACAAUGAGUUUUGUAAUACUAUUCGUGGAUGGAGACAUCAUAUACAGCUCCCCUGGGCGGUUGUGCUAGAGGGCCAUGCUUGGUGGCAUUUAAUGACGGGUAUUGGUGCAUACUACUACAUCACCUGGCGCAUAUGGAUUCAUCGCUGCCUAGAUGGCGACGAAGACAAAUUUCGAUUAAAUUGGCCGAACAUGUUCAGCAUGCCGGACAUCGUUGCUGUCGACCAUAUUAGUCUGAAGGAUGACAAGAGAUCGAAUGGUAGGGUUACGAAUGGAAAGAAGUCGCUAUAACGACGUGCUCUAUGGCCUUAAUAGAGGUCAGAGGGGGAACCAGGCAGCAAGAUCAAACAUUAGGUCGGGGUUCAAGUGGGCAACAGAUAAAUAGCGCAUCCAGGUGAAAUAACUAACUUAUACCGGGUCUACUCACCUGGCUGCGGGUCUUGAUGGAACUUCACUGGCGAUUAGAAUUUGUGAUAGAAUCGCAAGGCCUUUACGGUCUUUGGGCAAGUCGGGUAGAACUGUAUGUAUGUGUAUGCCAUGAUGGCACCAAAUUGAUGAAUUCUGAAGCACUC